CCUGUGCAUACACACGCACACGGGCGCUCACACAGCGUUCUCCCCUCGCAGCCCCUUCGCGUCCACACAGAACGGUACAUUUCCUACUGAAACAGCGGUUUUCCUUGUGCCUUUUCCUGAUGUUUCUCACAUAAGCAAAUUUGUCGGUUGAGUUCACAGGCCAUAACAGAUUCCCGAGACAGAAGCUACUCGGUGCUUCCAGAAAAUGGCAGGGAGAAAAGUCCUGAUAGUCUAUGCACAUCAAGAGCCCAAGUCCUUGAACGGAUCUUUGAAGAGGGUUGCUGUAGAAGAAUUGAGCAAGCAGGGCUGCAGUGUCACAGUGUCUGAUUUAUAUGCCAUGCAGUUCGAGCCAAGAGCAACAAGAAAUGACAUUGUUGGUUGCUUGCAUAACUCAGAAGAGUUCAAUUACGGCGUGGAGACAUGGGAAGCUUACAAAAGAGGAGGUUUGUCCAGUGACCUGAUUGAAGAGCAAAAGAAGGUGCAGGAAGCAGACUUACUGAUUUUUCAGUUUCCCUUAUAUUGGUUCAGCAUGCCAGCAAUCAUGAAGGGCUGGAUGGACAGAGUCUUGGUCCAAGGAUUUGCUCACGAAUUUCCAAACUGUUAUGAUUCUGGUUUGCUCAAGAACAAAUUAGCCCUGUUUUCUUUCACCACUGGAGGAAGCAGAGAGAUGUAUGCAAAAGGAGGUAUCAGUGGUGAUAUUCGCUAUCUCCUGUGGCCCAUGCAGCAUGGAAUCAUGCACUUUUGUGGUGUCAAAGUCCUUGCACCUCACAUCUGCUUCGCUCCGGAGUAUGUCUCUGAGGAGAAGAGGAAGGAGAUGCUGACUGCCUGGGCCCAGCGUCUGAAGACUCUUUGGAAGGAAGAACCCAUAAACUGCUCUCCUGAGUGGUAUUUCAAGUAAUGUUCAGGUACAAGACUACAGAGAGAAUAUUUUUUUUUUUCCCCCUCCAUUCUUUCUGGUACUUUAUCUCAAUAUCUGAAUGCUAAUCUCCUAAUUCAAAUGUAUUAUAAGUAUCUUGAGUACUACAGCUAGCAGCUUAACUGACAAAUAGCAUUUAUCUUCAUUGAUUCCUGAGGGAUUCUCUUCAAUUAUGGGUGCAAAACUCUUUGUGAAGACUUAUCCUUGCUCAUAUAAACAGUGACAUCCUGCCUACAAGUGUUGAUAACGCAAGCGGUAUUUAAUUGCAGAUUAUACCGUUGCUGCUUAUGAAACAGUAAAGUACAUUGCCAAGUUUAUUUUAACACUUUUUGUACCAGCUGCCACUUUUUUUUUAUUUGCCAGGGAAUAUACUGCCCAUAGUCAACCUUGUUAUGGCCAAUCCUGUUCUUUUAAAUGAGAGCUCUACACUUGUGCCUUUGAGCUAUGAAGCCAGAUCAUGAUAUACAGUUGUAAAAAAAGGAUAUACAGUUGUACAGUGACUUAGACAGCUGGAAAGCCUUGUGGACAGCCUUAGGCUUUUCCACAUAUUUACAAAGCAAUAUUAAAGCUAUGACAUAUACCAGAAAAGGAAAAAACCAAAUACAAGUAUCAUAUAG